CUUUGUCUCAUUCUUUUGAUUAUGACUUUCAAAUUUUAGUAUAUCCCACUAUGCCACUUCCUUAACCACACGGAAAGAAAGAGAUAUAUAAACAGAAGGGUACAUACAAAUUCGUUGAGACAUUUACGCAGCUAGAAGAAGAAGAAGAUGAAGAUGAUCACUAGGAUGGUUCUAAUGGCUUUUCUGUUGGCUUUCACGAUGCUUAUAUCUAAGGGGGAAGGCCAAUUAUCAGAGAAUUUCUAUAGCUCGUCUUGUCCAAACGUGGAAUCCAUCGUGUCCCAAGCAGUUACAAACAAGUUUACUCAGACCAUCACAACUGGACAAGCAACCCUGCGUCUCUUUUUCCAUGAUUGCUUUGUUGAGGGAUGUGAUGCCUCUGUGAUAAUUGCGUCUCCAAAUGGGGACGCAGAAAAGGAUUACACGGAAAAUCUAUCGCUACCAGGAGAUGGGUUUGACACUGUGAUCAAGGCAAAGCAAGCAGUGGAAGCUUCAUGCCCCGGUGUGGUCUCAUGCGCAGACAUUUUGGCUCUAGCUACCAGAGACGUCAUAGGCUUGCUUGGAGGUCCUUCAUUCAAAGUAGAGCUUGGACGCCGAGACGGGUUAAUUUCGAAGGCAUCUCGCGUAGAAGGAAACCUCCCCAAAGCGAGCUUCAACUUGGACCAACUCAACGCGCUUUUCCAGAAGCACGGUCUCACCCAAACGGAUAUGAUAGCCCUCUCCGGGGCCCACACCGUGGGAUUCUCGCACUGCGAUCAGUUCGCGAACCGUUUAUACUCGUUUUCAUCGUCCAAUUCCGUGGACCCAACUCUGGACGCCACCUACGCUCAGGAACUGAUGGCGGGGUGCCCCAGAAACCCCGACCCCACCGUAGCGGUGGCGCUGGACCCGCAAACCCCUGCGGCGUUUGACAACGUCUAUUACCAAGACCUGGUGUCGGGAAAAGGGCUACUGAGCUCGGACCAGGUGCUGUUCUCGGACGCCGCGUCGCAGCCCACGGUGGUUCGGUUCGCGAACAACGCUGCGGACUUCAACGAAGCGUUUGUGGCGGCCAUCAGGAAGCUGGGAAGGGUUGGAGUGAAGACCGGGAAAGAUGGGGAGAUAAGGAGAGACUGCACAACCUUCAAUUCUUGAAUGGUGGAUUUGUUGCUGAAUAAUAAACGUUUUCCUAAGGAAAUUAAAGGCGUGUAAACAAGUUUUUCUGUGGUCGUGUUAAAUAAAAGUAAUUCUUUGAUUUUCUGCAGUGGGGAUGUCUUCCCGAUGUUCAUGAAUGUAUAAUUUUAAUAAAGAUUUAUUUUAUAUUAUCGUCAAA